UUUAAUAAUUGCAAUCGAUGUUUUUCCACCUCUAGGCUAAACAAAGCAAUGGAAUUCAAAGCGCAUUUUAAACGAAAGCGAAAAAGUUUUUACAACUUCAAUAAACAUGCUGCCUUCCCAAUUUGUGAGUAUAAAGGAAUCUUGAAUGGACUUGCUGUAGAAGUGGUAAACACUGAGCAGGCAUCAAUUGCAAGCUUGCACGACAAUGGCGGAUAUGGUAAGGGCAGCAUGUCCCGAGGAGGCCCCAUCUCGGGGAAUCCCCACGAGACCUUGCUCCUGGGACUCGAGGAGGCUUGUUUGCUGGCCUACUUCUUGGAGGCGCUGGAGAUUAGCGACUUGGCGGGCAACACGCUGAGCUGGACGGGAUUUCUUCAAGUAGCUCUUGAAUAUGACACCCAGUUUGUGUACAAACUGGCUGCUUAUUUGUAUUUAAAGGCAAAGAACUGGAUCAUUAAGAGUGGUAUCAAGUUUGGCGGUGACUUUUUAAUUUACAAACAGGGCCCAAGUCAUUUCCAUGCCAGUUUCUUAGUAAUUGUACAAAAUCCCUCCAAUGAUAACAGCUCUCAUUUUGUGGCCAAGAAUCUAAAGGGCGUGCAGCGUGUUGCUGAGACCUCAGACAAGGAUGUUCUGCUGCUCAACGUCAAACAAACACAAGAGUUUAAUCCACUGCUAGUCACAAGAGAAACGCUCUCAGCCCUGACCAUUGAAGAGACUGUGAUACGUCGCUUUAACUACACAUCUUUUGUGCAAAGUAAACAAAAACAAUAAUAAUACACUAAAUCUUCUCCACGCGAUGCUUUUUCGGUAUUCCGGUGCUGCGAUAUUCGGAACGCUCUUUUAAAUAGAUGACACGGCAUUCCUCCUUGAAGGCUUCAUUCUGAUACCAACGCGACAGGCAAUCCAUAAGCGCUGAAUUCUGUUUGCGACAUGUGGCCACCAUGAAGAUGCUGCUCGCUUUGCAG